UCAGACACCGAAGUUCCAGACAAUUCUAUAUUAUGUUCUGUCCGUCUCACAGAGACACCAGUUGUUGUGCCAAUAUUCUGGUCAAGUGUUUAGUUUGAGUGCUUUUGGAGAGUACUAUCCUUAAAGGACGGAUUGAAAAACCCUGGUUUUAAUUUUGUUUCGUGAAACGAAAGGCAGGUACGAGUACUGUCGUAAGUCGACGGUAUGCAAUACAAACUGCAGGCUUCAAGCAACUAGAUACUUUGAGAAUCUCGCGUUAACAUUCCCUGAAUGAUUCACUCAGUUAGUGACGAGCCUUGAGCACUGAUUGACCUCUGAUACUACCAACAAAAGUUGUUCCGUCAGGCAAUCUACCUUACAGAAGAGAAACAUAUCAGGUCUGAAAAUUGUCCGGAAAAUCUUCUUUGGUUUGUGAAUUCUCAAGGUCCACAGCAAAAUCCUUGGAGAAAGGUACCGGAGCGAGUUGAUCUCAGAUUUAUCGUCCGAUUGAAAAGAGUCUACGGUGUCAUCUGUGUUGCAUGCUGCUGGAAGAUGAAACGAUUACUUCGGCAUGCCCAGAGAUUGCGAGUAUUGUUGCUUCUUGUAGCAGUUUGUUCUGUGUUCCUCGUAGCCUCCCAAAAAGACGUCGUUUGGGUAGCAAAGCAAGGAACUCGCUUACCAACCUACAUUCCGCCGGACAUUGCAGCUAACAGCAUUGACUUGGGUGGCGGUGAAUCCGUUAGACCACAAAAAAAGGCACCUAAACUCGGUCGAGAGCUGAGCUCAUUCGGGAGCGACAAAGACCUCUCAGAGAUACAAAAGAAGCAGAAGGCGCUUCUUUGUGGUACAGAAUGGCAAGAAGAAUAUACGCAACUUCACGAUGACAUUUUAAACAACCGUAAACCACCCAAAUAUCUUAUUUACUCUUGUGGGGGAAAUAAGUACGGUUGUGGCGGGUAUGGAAAUCGACUUGGAGCCAUAACAUCCCUGUUUUAUGUAGCUGUUAUAACGGGGCGUGCAUUCCUAAUAGAUUGGAACAGCACUGUUCCUAUUACGGAUUAUCUUCAACCCAAGAACAUUCAGUGGAAUUACCCUACUUCAAAACUUAAAAAUUUAAAGAGAAACUAUCAUUACUGGGGGAAAGGAGAACAUGAAAAAGUGAUCAAAGAAUCACAAAGAUCUGCAGAAACAUACGAUGUCUUCCGCGAAUGGAUCGAGGGUACGAACCUUAACAAAUAUUUCGACUCUCCUGUGGAGGUCGUCACAAGCUUAUGGUACUUUGCGUCAAGUUUUCGAGAGUAUAAGUUUGCUGGACGCAUGGCUGACAAACUCGGUGUGAACGCACGAGGCCAUCGCUUCUCUCUAGUGGGUUGUGCGUUUGAUUUUUUAUUCGAAAGGACGCCUAACUUUGAAAAAACUCUGUCCGCUGCUCGUGAGUCGCUUCAUUUCAAAGCAGACGUGCCUAGAAUCGGUAUUCACAUUCGAAUGGGAGACUCAUCUUUGUUGUCAAAAUCUUGGGAUCAAAGGACCACCAACUCUGAGAGCCUUUUCAUGUGUGCGAAGAUGUUGGAGAGUGAAAUAAUAAAAUCGAACAAAAAAAUCCACCGCGAGGAUAUUAAGUGGUUUUUGGCCACAGACAGCACCGAGGUGAAGAAAUACGCGUUGCGGACCUACCCCAACAAAGUUGUUUCUCUCGCGGUGAAAGUAGAGCACAUCAAUACCCGAAACCCUUCCACGGAGGGGAUGACAGGAGUUCUUCUUGACCACACCCUUCUGUCCGAGAGUGACUUUCUUGUGCUGUCAGACAGCAGCUUCAGCAAAACGGCUCUCGGGAUGAAUUUUCAUUCGUUAGUUCAUAGUACAUUCGGUGAAAAGUGUCGGUAUAAAAGAAGAUAGAUUUUCAUGUGACAAAAAAAUUAUCAAUCGAUCUAAUUUUCAUCAAAAAAUGUCUUCAUAUUGUAUUUUUAAAAUAGUUUGAUUGUUUCAAAAUCUUCUUAAAAUUUUACAUUUUCGAAGUUUCACAAGUUAACGAGUUCUUCCGUUUGAAGAAGACUAAAAAUAUAUUUUGAAGUAAGUUAUGUCAAGAGCAUCUGUCAAAGACAAGUAUCAUCUCUUUGUUCUCGUCUGCCUUCGUGUUCUCUUCCUCGUUAUUCUUUCCGAAUGAAAGAAACGUCUUUUGUGUGUAUUACGUACAUGACCAUUUCAACAUUGAACGGAGGGGGUAAGUUUCCGCUGCAUCGGUGGAAGAGUAUAACAGGGUAAUUUAGUAUUAUCACCUAAGUUAAUACUAAAUUACAUUUAAAAAUUGGCCGAUGCCACCACAUUCCAGCUUUCUCUGACUAUUUAUUUUAAUGAAUGAAAGUAUUGUAUAUUUUGAAAUUGGAAUGAAAAAUGUGAAAAUAUUGUCAGAAAAAUAAA